AUGACUUCUCUCUUUGGUAAACCCGGUGAAUGCAGUAUCAGCAGUAAAGUGUUUUUGCCUGUUAUUGGGUGUUCAUAUAAGAAUUGAGAGCUAUACACGAACUGUUUAUAUUCAUAUUUGCGACAAACGGCGCCGCUGAGUGAGAUACCCCAAUGCCAAGUUGGUAAUGGUUGCGAAAAGUGAAACUGUAAAAUAUUUCUUAAGAUGUCACAGAACAGGGUGCUCUCACUAGUCUGAGUACCCCGAAAGUGGGAAAGCUGAUUGUUUUCAUCAUGGGCAAGAGAAAAGGUAGUAUACCCCGGAAAGUAGAUGAAGAAAAACGAAAAUGUCUCAGCUGGAAUAUGAUGGAUGGGGUUGAAGAUCCACAAGGUUCAAGUGCUAUUCUCAGUGAUGACCACUCAGAAAUACACCCACAGCAUUCUCUUGAGGAUGGCUUGCCUGAUAUAGCACAAGAAAUAACUCUUGGGAAUGAGGAGCUGUGUGUCAACGAUGCUUUCUCAUAUACUGAACAGUUGUUUAACUUCCAUUUGGACUACUGUUCCUUUUUUGUAGGCAUUAUGGACAGAUUACACACCACUGAUGGCAAGUGGUCCUGUGAAAUUGGCAGAUUUGAGCUUCAAGUUGUCCCAGAGCCAGGUUGUAUUUCCUUAUCAAAAGGGUUCCUACCUCAGUGUGAAGAAUGCUGGUUGUAUGUGGCAGAUUCAGGUCACAGAAACAUGUUGUACUUUGAACUUGAUGAUAAUGAUGAGAAUUUACACUCAAAUGGACUUGCAAUAAUAAAUACAAAAUACCCUCAGUUCUGCUUUGCCGGUGUAUCAUUGCCCACAGUGUGUCUGAAGGCGCGUUGCAGGUGAAGGCAUAUCAGUUGGUACGAGGAAAGUUUGAUCCUGCAAGCAGGGUUCUUGAAGUUAUCAUUUAUGCCAAGGAAACCGUCCUGAUGAAACCACAGUUUCCUAGUGAAAACAUUCGCGCAAAUAACAUUACCAGAGCAACAACAGUACUUAUGGAGCACUUCUAUGGGUUUAAACCUGAUUUCCACUUUGAUGGCUUGUCAAAAACAGAAAAACAUGACUUUGAUAAGUUAUUUGAAGGUGUGAAGAGGUGCCACAUUGAAAGGAUGAAAUCUCUCUUUGUGGACGUGCAGCACCCAUGCCUGAAGCCAGUUUUGAGACAAUAUCAGAGACAGGCAGUGACUUGGAUGCUGAGUCAGGAGAGGUACCAAGAUGGUACAACACACACACCUGCACAUACAGGACCUGCUGUACAUUUUCUGUAUGCUGAGGUUACAAUGAAGGAUGGGAAAGUUUUGUAUUACAACAAACACAAUGGAGUACUUGUCAUCUCACGACCUUUAAUGAGCAGCUGGCCACCGGGUGGGCUUCUCGCAGAUGAGAUGGGACUUGGGAAAACAGUGGAGGUACUCAGUUGUAUACUGCUGCAUCCACGUACCAGUCUGCACUGCACACAGAAACUGUCCGUCUCAUGUGAUCAGAAGGAGAAAAUAUCAUUUGAAAACAGUAAUAUUGCAGUGGAUAAUUCUAGCAUUGAUCCUCCAUCAUCUUGUUAUCAGCAUGAUACCUUGAACACAGAAGUGAUGUCUGCCACCAUGAGUGGUGACCCUCCAUCAGCUGGUAGUGAUCAGGACAAUCAGAACACAGAACUGAUGUCUGCCACCAUGAGUGGUGAUCCUCCAUCAGCUGGUAGUGAUCAGGACAAUCAGAACACAGAACUGAUGUCUGCCACCAUGAGUGGUGAUCCUCCAUCAGCUGGUAGUGAUCAGGACAAUCAGAACACAGAACUGAUGUCUGCCACCAUGAGUGGUGAUCCUCCAUCAGCUGGUAGUGAUCAGGACAAUCAGAACACAGAACUGAUGUCUGCCACCAUGAGUGGUGAUCCUCCAUCAGCUGGUAGUCAUCAGGACAACCAGAACACAGAACCAAUACCAUGUACCAUCAGUGGCAGUAUAAAGGCAAUGAUGACAGAUACUGAAGUGUUGACUUUAUCAAGACAUGGACCAGAAAAGAGGAGUAACUUAUCCAUACACAAUUCAAAGAACAUAUCAGAUGAAAAUGUGAUUUGUUCUAUGAACUGUCAUGAUUCUGGUGCCUUAUCUUCCAAUGAAUCAAAUGCACAAUGUACUGGGCUGUCAGAACAGCCUACUGCAGACAAAGUGCUAAGAAGGCGCAAGAAGAAAAGGUUAACAUUUGGCAAAAAGAAAAGGAUGAUUAAAACAACAAAUGAUGCAAGGAAAACUUGUGCCCUGAACAAGUCAGAGAAGAGAGAGAAAAGAUUGAAAUUUCAUAUCCUAAUUGAAGAGAAUGCCUUUAAACCAGCCACCUUUUUCAGUGACACACACGUCAGUCAGAAACAGUGGUUUGAAUGUGUUUGUGGAGGUGAUGCACAUGACAAAGGAAGCAAGAAAAAGAAACUGACCAAUGUGCAGUGUGUUGUCUGUGGCCUGUGGCAGCAUGCACAGUGUCUGCACUAUGAUCCCCACAAUACCUACCAGGGAUGCUAUAAGUGCCCGCACUGCCAUGUGUCAUCAUCCCCAGUCCCAUCAGUUGCUACUCUGAUCAUCUCCCCAUUUUCCAUCUGCCACCAGUGGGAGGAGGAGAUCAAGAAGCAUGUGCAGCAGGAGACUGUCCGUGUGUUUGUUUACACAGGAGUGAGCAAGCAAGGCUUCCUUCAGCCACAAACACUGGCUGAUUUUGAUAUAGUCAUUACCACAUAUGAAACUCUCAGGAAGGAAAUUGAUUAUGUGGACUUGCCACACAGUAACAGCUCUGCAGGACGAAGGUUCCGGCAUAGGAAACGAUUCAUGGCCAUUCCAAGUCCGAUCAUAGCUGUGGAAUGGUGGAGAAUAUGUCUUGAUGAAGCACAGAUGGUGGAGUGCACCACAACUAAGACUGCAGAAAUGGCCUUGCGACUGAGUGGAGUUAAUCGUUGGUGUGUCACUGGUACUCCAAUACAGAAGAGUGUACAAGAUCUGUAUGGCCUGCUGCUGUUCCUGGGUAUGGAUCCCUACUGGGUACAACUGUGGUGGAACAAGCUGCUGUACCAGCCAUUCACCUAUGGCAUCACUCAGCCUAUGUAUCACACCCUGUCACAGGCACUGUGGCGCACAGCAAAGAAAGAUGUGUUGGAUCAGAUCGAGCUGCCCCCUCAGUGUCAGGCUGUGCACUGGCUGACCUUCUCCCCAGUGGAGGAUCACUUCUACCGUCGACAGUACCGGGACUGUGCCAAGGAGGCAGCCCAGAAAUUGUGCAAGUGGACUGACAGCAGUGUUAAGCUGAGCAGCAUGGACAGACACACUAUGAGCCAGUUGAUUCAGCCAUUGCUGCGGCUGAGACAAGCCUGUUGUCAUCCACAGGCAGUGCGUGGGGAGUUCCUUCCAAUACACAAAAAGUAUGUCAUACAAAUGAAGAUUCAUCCGUAG